AGCUUAUGCAGUCUUUUAGCUAAUGAAUAUGUUUUUACUUUUGACAGAUUUCGACAACGCGGAUAACCGCGGCAGACCCCACGCUUCCUUCCCGCUUUCCGCUGACCCUACCACGCCAGCCAUUUGGUCAGCUCCACACCAUCGUUGAGGGUCACGUUAUCGUUGACCAAAGGCGUCCCUAUCAUCACCUUCUCCAGAAAGAUAUGGGGAACAAAACGCAUUCGGCGCCGUUGCAGAACAAAUUACAAGAACUACUCGAUCGCCGACGGACAAACGCAACACUCCGUAAUUUGACAUUACCACUUCCCAAUCAGACCGACUUCUCGUCCAACGAUUUCCUGUCGCUUUCCAAUUCACCGCAGCUCAAAUCGGCAUACCUUCAAGAGCUGCAAAGAAUUGAUUUGCCAUUGGGUAGCGGCGGGUCAAGACUCCUAGAUGGCAACUCGACGUACGCCGAACAACUGGAGCAAGAGAUUGCUAACUUCCAUGGAGCCACAGCUGGACUGCUGUUCAACAGUGGUUUUGAUGCAAACGCGGGCUUCUUUGCAAGUGUGCCGCAGCCUGGAGACGUGAUAGUCUAUGAUGAGCUUGUACAUGCAAGUGUUCAUGACGGCAUGAGGUUAUCACGAGCGGGGAAGACGAUCGCUUUUGAACACAACUCCAUAUCUGCUCUAAAGAAGACCUUGAUAAGACUUAUCGGAGAAGACGAUGAUGUGCAAGACGAAAGUCGUAAUGUUUUCGUAGCCUUGGAGUCCAUAUACAGUAUGGACGGAGACGUAUGCCCUUUACAGGAGAUGGUGGAGGUCGUAGAAGAAGUUUUGGGCCCUGGAAGAGGCUACAUCGUUAUGGAUGAAGCACAUUCUACUGGUGUGUUAGGACCAGAGGGUAGGGGUCUGGUAUGUGAGCUAGGCCUCGAGAAACGCGUAUUUGCACGGCUCCACACAUUUGGAAAAGCGGUAGCGGCGAACGGAGCGAUCAUCCUCGGAUCAGAUACCUUGCGUCAUUACCUCAUCAACUAUGCACGCCCACUCAUAUACACAACAUUCCUGUCAUACCCCUCGCUGGCCCUCAUCCGCUCUUCGUACCAGCUGCUUCAGUCUGGGCAGAGUGUUAAGCUACAAGCCCAUCUACAGCAUCUUACUCAUUAUCUCUAUACCAGUCUUGGUCAUCUCCAGAGACAAUCCGACUUGGCUGUUCGAACACUCACGAUUCCAAGUGCAUGCCCAAGAUCGCCUAUAUUCGCUGUACAACUGGCAAGACCCAAGGUCUUGGCGAACUUUCUGCAAACUCAUGGUAUGAUGGUCAGAGCAGUUGUACCGCCGACUGUUCCGGUGGGUACUGCUAGGGUCAGGAUCUGCUUGCAUGCUGGUAAUACAUUAGCGGAGGUGGAAAGACUCGUUGAAUUACUUGGAAGAUGGUGCGAGAGUCAGGCAGCUGAACAGUCACAAAGCCAUGUACAGGAAGCAGUCAUGCGAGCCAAACUCUAGCUUUGAAUCGAGAGGAUAAUGCAACCUAGAGUUGUAAUAGUG